AAGAGGCUAAAAAUUAAAUUUGCGGGCAGGUUAUCGUACUCAAUGUUAGUCAACAAAAGAAGAAGCCUGUUGUUACAUUUGAACUAGUUGUCACUUAAACAUUUUUCUACAAGAAGUUUCAGAAAAAAAUAAAAGAUGAAUUACCAGAAGGUAUAUAUGAAUCACAUACAUUCAAGUUCUCUGCUAUGUCAAUUAGCACAGAUGUGGAGAAGUCAGUUACUGUGUGAUGCAUUGAUUUGUACAGGAAAUGUUGUUACAAAGGCACACAGAGUUGUGCUUUUGGCAGCUUGUCCCAUGUUGCAAUCAAUGGAAAAUGCAUCAAUUGGAACCGAGUUGGAGGUUCGUCUAGCUGCUGAUAUUAAACAGGAUGCUGUAACCACAUUCUUGCAAUAUUUGUAUGAGGGAUUUAUGUUACUUACUGAAGAAAAUGUGAAACAUGUAGAAAAAGUAGCAAGGUUGCUUCAAGUAGACAGUGUGAUCAAAUGUUGCUCAGACUUCUUCAAAUGUCUUGAAAAAUCCACAGGAAAACAACACAAUGCUAAUUAUAAAUUUGACAAAUAUGACUUGCUUGAAUUCCGUCAUGUGCGAGCGACUGGCUUACAAAAAACUUAUCAUGAUAGACUAAUGAAAAGGAUGUCAGAAGCUCCCCGCCCAUCUAGUCCCACCGGAGGGAAACGUCAAAGAUUACAUCCUCGUCCUUCCUCCCCACCAACUGACUUCAUGUCACAAAGAGCUGAUGAUGCUGCAUCAAUGACACAAAGUUAUAUGACAGGAAAUCCUUCUGGAGCAGGAAGUGUACGAUCAGGUGCUUCAAGUCAGUCAAGCAGGUCAGGUUCACCGUCAGUUGUAGAAAUAAUAGAGGACAGUUUAGAAUUAAUUCAAAGAGAAAAGUCUGGCCCUGGGCAACCAGAACCAUCACGAUUAGCCCAGCAAAAGACAUCAAUUUCUGUAGCAUCACACAUUUCAAAUACUAAAGACACUCGUGUGAUAAAUAUUGCGGAUGACAGCGGUGGGGGAAGGACCCGUGUAACAGACUCUUUUAGUGAUCGUGUUCAAAAUAUUCCAAGUUCACCACAGCAAUCAUCACAACCUCAAAUGCCAGUCUCGCCAAAGAUAUCAUUCCGAGAUACUCAUCCUCCUCAGAACAUUCAACAUCCAUCACCUACAUCAUUCAUCCAACGUACACCAAAUCAAAUGAGCUUUACCUCACAACCACCUCCUCCUCCAUUACAGCAAGCUGGAACAUUAAACAUUGCUCCAUUAUCUCAAACAUUCUCACAGGAUCGUUUCCAGCAACGUCCACAGGAACAACAGUCUAGUCAGUCUCGUCCACCACCAAUGUCCACUGACAUGUUUAUGGAAAGUGUUAAAACGUCACAAAGUUUCAUUACAAGUACUCCCCAACAACGAACUCAUCCAUCAUAUCCUCCCAUAUCUGGUGCUAAACCGUCAUUUGCUAUUGGAAGUGCUGCACAAGCUGGUGCACCUCCACAAAGUCCAUCAUUCCAAAGUCAAUCAACUAGUCAGCAACAAGAAUCCACUGGAAUGGCGGACAAGGGUGAAAAACGGGAGGGAGAAAGCUCAAGGCCACCAGAAGGUCAUGAUCCAGGUCCAGAAGGAAAUGAUGAUACUCCGGACUUGGCAAUAGUGAAAAUAGAAAAAGUGGGCGAGGAUGAAACAGGUGGACUUUUGUUACAAGUAGAUAGUGGGCAAGGUGAUGCCGCUCACCGGCAUGGACAAUUAAGUAUGGAGGAGGAACAGGAGUAUGAUGAAAGUGACCUAACAGGCGAUUGGUCACAGGAAGAUAUAUCAAACGAAGGCAGCUUUCAAUCAUCGCAUAUGGACGAUCCAACAGGAGCUAUGUACAUGGGGCCAACAUCAGGAGUCCCUAGAUUUUGGUUACAUGAUGAUGGGAAAGAGAGAAAUGAAAAAUGUAAGGAUUGCCAUCGCCGCUUUGCAUCUAAAUCAGGCUUAUACAAACACAGGAAGUUGUUCCAUAGUAAUGCUCGAUUGAUAGAAUGUGAAAUAUGUGGUAAAAGGUUUGGAUUUCUGAGUUAUUACAAAGCUCACUUGUUUACCCAUACAGAAAAUCGCCCUUAUAAAUGUGAGGUGUGUGGCAAAAAAUAUAAACACAUGGAGGCAUUUUCAAGGCACAAGUGUGUGGAUUAGUUUAGUGAAAGCGCAACUGUUAUUGUUGAAUAGAUGAGCUUAAAGGUAUCGUUUGUGAUAUGGAACAUAUUGGAAAAAAAACUAAUUUAAUAGAAAAAAAUUAUGUAUUGAGUGUAUAAAUCUUAUUUAUGCUUUUAAAUAUUUCUUAAAAUUGUAUAUAAUUACAAAAGUAUUUUUAUGCAGAAUCAAUCUUUUUUCUACAGUGUUCUAUUUUUGUUAUUUCCUUGAAAAUAUAUUUUGUAUCCUAUUUAAUUUGUGAAUAGAAGUUGAAUGGACUGUUUAAUUGACAAUUUAAUUGAUGAAGUGUUUUAAAAAUGAAAAAUUCUUUGCAUUCUCAGGAGUUUCUCAUUAGCCAACAAUGUAAAUUAUAAUUUUUGGUUGCUUUGAUGUUUAAUCUAUUAAAAUGAAAAAAAGUUUAAAAGACCUACAACAUUUUGAUUAACUUGAAUUAAGGGAAUUAUUGGCUGUCAUAAACAAAAAUUCUUGAUUCUCAUCAAAUUGAUAUUCUUUUCCAAUUUUGUUAAAAUGCAAGCAUACAAAAUAUAAUGAAAAUAGACUUAUAUAUGUAUCUUGGAAUAUACUAUGAUAUGUAAAAUCUUGUUAUGGUUGGCUGCUUAUGUAGAAUGUGAUAUUGUUAGAAUUGGUUCAUAUUUUAUUGAUGACAAUACUUUGAAAUUUUUUAUAGUUUGAUAUUUGAUUUGUUCAAUUCCUUACCCAAAACAUUGUACAUAGAGGACCAAAUAACCAUCAUAUUUGACUCAAUUUGAAUAAGUGUAUAGAAAAGCAUAUAUUUCAUUUUACUUGAAAGAAACAUUUCUUGGAAAAAUUUAUAGAGAUAGGACAUGCAUUGGUUAUGCUGUUAUUUUGUACUUUGCAUAUAGAAUAAUAAAUAUAAAUAUAAAUACA